GAAUUCCAUAGAUAAUAUAGUAUUGUCUAUAAUCUAUAAUAAUCUAAAAUUUAAAAUGAUAAACAAAUGAAAAACUUUCAAAAGAUUUAAUCCAAUUUAAAUUUUCAUAAUGACGGGGUUGGUUGACCUUGAAAAUUCAAUCAUUGAAAUUGAAUUGAAAAACAAUUGAAUUGGUUGGAUGGUAUCAAGAAAAUCGAUUAUUAACUUACAUUUCUUAUAAAAUAUUAAUUAAAUUAACCGAUCAACUUACUUCGUUAUUAAUCAAACAUUUUUUUCUUGAUUUCCAUUUUUUUUUCAAAAAACGAGAAACAGAUAUAUAUAUUUUAAUAUGAAAGUAACUCCUACCCCUUCGGAUACUGAGGUUUCUGCACUUGAAAACAAAAAUCUGGGACGUAUCACGCAAAUAAUUGGGCCGGUACUCGAUGUAGAUUUUCCACCAGGAAAGAUGCCUUAUAUUUACAACGCUCUGAUAGUUCAAGGUCGAGAUAGUGUUGGCCAACAAAUUAAUGUAACUUGUGAAGUACAGCAAUUAUUAGGAAAUAAUCGAAUUAGAGCUGUAGCUCUGAGUGCUACGGAUGGUCUAAAGAGAGGACUGGAAGUGGUUGACACGGGAGCUGCUCUAAGUGUUCCAGUUGGCGGAGCAACCCUAGGUCGAAUUUUCAACGUGCUUGGAGAGCCUAUUGAUAAUUUGGGUCCUGUAGAUACUCGCACAACAUCUCCUAUUCAUAGAUCUGCGCCUUCCUUUGUACAGUUAGAUACAAAAUUAUCCAUUUUUGAAACUGGAAUUAAAGUAGUCGAUCUUUUAGCCCCCUAUCGUCGCGGCGGAAAAAUAGGACUUUUAGGGGGGGCUGGGGUAGGUAAAACCGUACUCAUUAUGGAAUUGAUCAAUAACAUUGCCAAAGCUCAUGGAGGUGUAUCUGUAUUUGGCGGAGUAGGUGAGCGUACUCGUGAGGGAAAUGAUCUUUAUAUGGAAAUGAAAGAAUCCGGAGUAAUUAAUGAAAAAAAGAUUGAUGAAUCAAAAGUAGCUCUAGUCUAUGGUCAAAUGAAUGAACCGCCCGGAGCUCGUAUGAGAGUUGGUUUAACUGCCCUAACUAUGGCCGAAUAUUUCCGAGAUGUCAAUGAACAGGACGUCCUUCUAUUUAUCGACAAUAUCUUCCGUUUUGUCCAAGCCGGAUCCGAAGUAUCGGCCUUAUUGGGCCGAAUGCCUUCCGCUGUGGGUUAUCAACCUACCCUAGGUACUGAAAUGGGUACUUUACAAGAAAGAAUUACUUCUACCAAAGAAGGGUCUAUAACUUCUAUUCAAGCAGUUUAUGUACCUGCAGACGAUUUGACCGAUCCUGCUCCUGCCACGACAUUUGCACAUUUGGAUGCAACUACUGUACUCUCAAGAGGAUUAGCUGCCAAAGGUAUUUAUCCAGCAGUAGAUCCUUUAGAUUCAACGUCAACCAUGCUCCAACCUCGGAUCGUUGGGGAAGAACAUUAUCAAACUGCGCAAAGAGUUAAACAAACGUUACAACGUUACAAAGAACUUCAGGACAUUAUAGCUAUUCUUGGGUUGGACGAAUUAUCCGAAGAGGAUCGCUUAAUCGUAGCAAGAGCACGAAAAAUUGAACGUUUCUUUUCACAACCUUUUUUCGUAGCAGAAGUAUUUACCGGUUCCGGAGGGAAAUAUGUCGGUCUAGCAGAAACAAUUAGAGGGUUUAAAUUGAUUCUUUCUGGAGAAUUCGACAGUCUUCCUGAACAAGCCUUUUAUUUAGUAGGUAAUAUCGAUGAAGCUACUGCGAAGGAUGCGAACUUACGAAAUUAGAAAUGGAGAACAAAUUCAAGAAAUGACUUUAAAUCUUUGUGUACUGACCCCUAAUCGAAUUGUUUGGGAUUCAGAAGUGACGGAAAUUAUUUUAUCUACUAAUAGUGGACAGAUUGGGGUAUUAAAAAACCAUGCGCCUAUUGCCACAGCUUUAGAUAUAGGUAUUUUGAAAAUACGACUUAACGACCGAUGGUUAACGGUGGCUCUGAUGGGCGGUUUUGCUAGAAUAGGCAAUAAUGAGAUCACUAUUUUAGCAAAUGAUGCAGAAAGGGGUAGUGACGUUGAUCCACAAGAAGCACAACAAACUCUUAAAAUAGCAGAAGCUAACUUGAAUAAGGCCAAGGGCAAGAGACAAACAAUUGAGGCAAAUCUAGCUCUCCGACGAGCUAGGACACGAGUAGAGGCUAUCAAUACCAUCUCGUAACAAGUUAAUGCAGCCAAAUAAUUUAAAAUUGAAAAAAAAAAAUAGAUAGAAUAGAAAAAGAUAGAAAAUUACAAUAAGAAAGGGUGAAGAGAAAAACUUAUUAGAUAUCGAAAUCAAUGGUAUGGUAUCUAAUAAGUUCUAGCUAUACCUUACCUACUAUUGGAUUUGAACCAAUGACUCCUGCCGUAUGAAAGCAAUACUCUAACCACUGAGUUAAGUAGGUCAUUUAUCAUCCUAAAUAAAAAAAAAGUACCUGUCUAUCAGAUCAAUGGAUUUUGAAUGUUAUAUUACUUAUUCUAAACAAUACCAACGCAAUAUCAAUCAAAGAGAUGGAUCAUGUAAUAUUCAUCUUGACAAGAAUUUAUUUCUCGAAUAUGAUAAAAUAUGUAUCAAAAGCACAAGGGCUAUAGCUCAGUUAGGUAGAGCACCUCGUUUACACACGCGCCAAUGUUUUUUUUCAUAGGAGUCCAUCAUGUAAUUAAAAGAGUUGAUCUUAUUGAGAAAUCGAUGUCUUACUCCAUAAGAGAACAAUAGCCUGACAAAGGAUUUAGACGUCAAAUAGAAUCCAUAAUGGAUUUGAGAUAUUGAUAAGGUGAAUACUCAAUCUAUUCAAUGCUAGGCAAUGAGUCUAGGGACCUCAGAAAAAUUAUCUUUUCUUCCUAUCUUAUGAACUUUAAGGUGUAUGAAGUUUCAUUUCCUAUUUGAUAUUUUUAGUUAAGUAGGUUGAUAGAGAGUCCAUUUAACUUAAGUUGAUUCAAGCCAGAAGCAGACCUACGUCAGGAUAACCUUCUUCUUUGAAAAACUUUGGUAGUGCUCUUAGAUUUUAAUCUAAAUAAGAAAUAAGAAAUCAGAGCACAGGGAGUCAUUUCCUUUUUCUUUGUGUAAAGAAAAAAGAUGGUAGACUAAUUGAUAUUUCUAUCAGUUAAUGAAAAAGCCCAAUGCAAAAAAAAAUGCACGUUGGGUCUUUCAAACAAUUCAAAUCAUUUUGAUAAUAAUAGUUUGAUCUGUUUUAC